UACUUUCAAAUACUAAAUACUGCCGCCAAAUAAGGAAACGAUUUUCGAUAGCUUGCGAUAAUUCCAACUAUUCGGAGAGGUUAUCGUAAAUCGUUAGUCAGCUGUUGCUUGUUUUGAGCUAAAUAUUUUGAAUGCAAUUGCAUUCGUAAACACUUAUAAAUAUUUAAAUUAUAGAGUUUUAAGCAAUCAAUAAAUAUGUUAAAAAUUUGCCGGCUAGAGGAAAGCGUGCUUCUCCACAUGCGCAACUCGCGAUUAUAUCGUCGAGAGCUUAGCGCAAAGAGCGGCAAUGUGAAGGAUUCUGUGACCGGCCGGUAUAGCUGGCAAAGACCUUGUGGGCAGCACACAGACAUCAGCAUCUACAAUCACAGCAUGGGCGGCAAAGUGCCGCUGGUGCUGAGCAAUCCCCAGAUGGUUACAUGGUACACUUGUGGUCCAACAGUGUACGAUUCGACCCACUUGGGACACGCCAGUACUUACGUAAAGGUGGACAUAAUACAGCGCAUACUGCGCGACUACUUUAAGUACAAUCUGGUCACGGCUAUGAAUAUCACAGAUGUCGACGACAAAAUUAUCAAGCGUAGUCGCGAAUCUGGACGUAAUUGGGAGGAAAUGACGCGCAAUUUUGACUCGGAGUUUGUGCGCGACAUGCAGUUGCUAAAUGUGAAGCCACCUAACUUGCGUGCCCAUGUUUCCGCCAACAUUCCCGCAAUCCAACGUUUUAUAGAGCAACUCUUAAGCGAUGACAAAGCCUAUGUUACCGAGGAUAAGUCGGUAUACUUCGAUGUGUCCGCUUGUGAGAACUACGGAAAGCUGCAGAAGAUAAGCACGGACGAGCCAAAGGAGCAACCGAAGCAUAAACGGAAUGCGGCUGAUUUUGCACUGUGGAAAGCGAAAAAGGCCGCUGAUGAGCCCAGCUGGCAGUCGUCAUGGGGCGGCGAUGGUCGACCUGGUUGGCAUAUUGAAUGCAGCGCUAUUGCGGGCAUGUUCUUUGGCAACAAACUGGAUUUCCAUGCUGGUGGAUUAGACUUGCGAUUUCCCCACCACGAGAACGAGGAGGCUCAAUGCUGCGCCCAUUACAAAACCAAGCAGUGGGUCAACUAUUGGCUGCACACAGGUCAGCUCUUUGUGUCUGGAGAGCAGCAGAAAAUGUCCAAGUCUCUGGGCAAUACCAUCUCGUUGUCAGAGUUCCUCAAGCACUACACAGCCGAUGAGUUUCGUAUGGCUUGUUUGUUGUCGAAUUAUCGCAAUCCCAUGCAAUACAGUGAUCAAAUGAUGCAGACAGCGCGUCAAACAUUGCGCAAAUUCAUCAACUUUAAUGCCGAUCUCAAUGCAUACAUGCAGUUCCAAAAACCACUGAAAUAUCUCGAUGAGGGUGCUUUGGAAGCACAGCUGAAGCAUAUGGUCACUGAAUUCGACAACAGUCUGCGCGAUGACUUUGAUACUGCACGAGCUGUUAGCGUUCUAAUCGAUCAGAUGAGCAGCAUCAGCCGUUGCAUCAACGAUCAGCAAGCUGAUGCAGAACAGCAACCAGCACACUGUCUAAAUUUGCUGUUGGCAGUUGGCAACUUUGUGACUGCAUCCAUGCACAACUUGGGCAUUAAACAUCUGGGUACUGCCGAUGCCCAGAAGGAGGCCCAAGCGACAACUGCUCUAAAUGGUGUGGACCUAGAUGUGUUGGUCGCCGAUAUUCUUCAGAUACGCGGCAAGCUACGCGAGGAGGCUGUAAAGGGUGGCGUCAAAAAUCUGGAGCUGCUGCGCAUGUGUGAUCAACUGCGGAAUAUAUUGGUUCGUCAUGGCAUUGAGGUACGAGACCAUAAGCAAGGCAGCUCCUGGGUUUAUGGGGAUAAAAGCAAAAGCAUUUCGCACAGCGGUUAACUGCAAAUUAUUGUACAUUUCCUUUGGAUAUGAAGUUUAUUGAGUGUCUGUUAUAAAUACGUCUUAUUUGA